AUGGGGAUUGAGAGGUCAGAGCUAAAGAAGGGAGUUGAACCUUUCCAUGGCAUAACCCCCAAUUCAUCGAUGAUGCCCCUUGGCCAGAUCGAGUUGUCAGUCACGUUUCGCACGUCUGACAACUUUUGCAUAGAGAAGCUUACCUUCGACUUCAUGGAUUUCGAGACGGCAUACAAUGUGAUCCUAGGCCACCCAAUGCUAGGUAAGUUCAUGGUUGUCGUGCACUAUGCAUACCAAACACUUAAGAUCAUGAGCCCUAAAGGGGUCAUAACUGUCAAAGGAGAUCAACGAACAACAGUCAAGUGCAGAGUCCAAGUGCCACAAGACGCCGGUCACUCCAGGCUUGUAAGCCUUACUAGCACAUCCCAGUCUGACGAUGCUGUAAAGGAAGAGACCAACGACGGCGCUAAGGACAAAAGAACUGAUGGUGGUGUCAAGGCAGUGCCCCUCGACCCAUCUGAACCAGCCAAGAUGGUCAAGGUCGGGGCUGGUCUCGACCCAAAUAGGAACUCGAGCUCAUUGCUUUCCUCUGGGUAA